UUCCCAUUUGCAGCGGCCGCGGGCGCCCAGGGCAGCAGCGGCGGCGCGACAAGCGGGUCGCCGCGACCGGUGCCUGGGAGGCGGCCGCGGCGGGAGGCGACGAGCCGAAGCCGCGUCCAUGGGCCCGCGGCGGCCGGGCGGCGGUGGUGCUGGCGGGCGCGGGGUGGUGCGCGCGUUGUAGGCCCGGGCGCGGCAGCGCGGCGUGCGGCGGGCCCGCGGGAGAGGCCGGGCCGGGCCUGCGGCGGCCGGCGGAGCAUGCGGCGGCGGCCGCGCUGAGCCCUACCCCGCCGGGAGCGCGCGGGCCGGGCCUGCGCCGCCGCCGCCCCCGACCAUGUCGGCGGCCAAGGAGAACCCGUGCAGGAAAUUCCAGGCCAACAUCUUCAACAAGAGCAAGUGUCAGAACUGCUUCAAGCCCCGCGAGUCGCAUCUGCUCAAUGACGAGGACCUGACGCAGGCCAAACCUAUUUAUGGUGGCUGGCUGCUCCUGGCUCCAGAUGGGACUGACUUUGACAACCCAGUGCACCGGUCCAGGAAAUGGCAGCGACGGUUUUUCAUCCUUUAUGAGCACGGCCUCUUGCGAUAUGCCCUGGAUGAGAUGCCUACAACCCUCCCACAGGGCACCAUCAACAUGAACCAGUGCACAGAUGUGGUGGAUGGGGAGGGCCGAACUGGCCAGAAAUUCUCCCUGUGCAUCCUGACACCUGAGAAGGAACAUUUCAUCAGGGCAGAAACUAAAGAGAUCAUCAGUGGGUGGCUGGAAAUGCUCAUGGUCUAUCCCAGGACCAACAAGCAGAACCAGAAGAAGAAACGGAAAGUGGAGCCACCCACCCCACAGGAGCCCGGGCCUGCCAAGGUGGCUGUGACCAGCAACAGCAGCAGUAUCCCCAGUGCAGAAAAAGUCCCCACCACCAAGUCCACGCUCUGGCAAGAAGAAAUGAGGGCCAAGGACCAGCCUGAUGGGAGCAACCUAAGUCCAGCUCAAAGUCCCAGGCAGAGCCAGCCUUCUUCUGCCAGCUCCCUGCGGGAACCAGGGCUGGAGAGCAAAGAAGAGGAGAGCUCCAUGAGUAGCGACCGCAUGGACUGUGGCCGCAAAGUGCGGGUGGAAAGUGGCUACUUUUCACUGGAAAAGACCAAGCAGGACUUGAAGGCUGAGGAGCAGCAGCUGCCCCCACCGCACUCCCCUCCUAGCCCUAGCACCCCCAACAACAGGUACAGUUAUCCCAAAUCACUCUCGCAGAAGUUUGGUCACCCCCCUCACUCCUCAGGUCCUCAAGACUCCAGGCGAAUGGUCUGCAGCAUCUCUCUCGGCUCCCUGGAAGAGGCCAGCCGGCCCUUUGCCAGUGUGGACUGCAGCAGCACUGGGGGGCGGGGGACAGAGAGACUGGGGAGCGCCUUUGCCUUUAAAGCCACCCGGCAGUAUGCUGCCCUGGCCGACGUCCCUAAGGCCAUCAGGAUCAGCCACCGAGAAGCCUUCCAGGUGGAGAAAAGGCGACUGGAGCGUAGGACUCGGGCCCGGAGCCCUGGCAGGGAAGAGGUGGCCCGUCUGUUUGGCAACCAGCGGAGAAGAUCCCAGGUAAUUGAGAAAUUUGAGGCAUUGGACAUUGAGAAAGCAGAGCACAUGGAGACAAAUCUGUCAGCCGGGCCUUCCCCAUCGAGCGACACCCGCCAGGGCCGCAGCGAAAAGAGAGCAUUCCCCAGGAAGCGGGACUUCAUCAGCGAAACCCCCACAGCUCCUCUCUCAGAUGCCUCGGCCUCCCCCCUGUCACCACAUCGAAGAGCCAAGUCACUGGACAGGAGGUCCACGGAGUCCUCCAUGACGCCUGACCUGCUGAAUUUCAAGAAAGGCUGGCUGACCAAGCAGUAUGAGGAUGGCCAGUGGAAGAAGCACUGGUUUGUCCUGGCUGAUCAGAGCCUGAGAUACUACAGGGACUCUGUGGCUGAGGAGGCAGCAGACUUAGAUGGAGAAAUUGACUUGUCCACGUGUUAUGAUGUCACAGAGUAUCCAGUCCAGAGAAACUAUGGCUUUCAGAUACAUACUAAGGAAGGUGAGUUCACCUUGUCAGCCAUGACGUCUGGAAUCCGACGGAACUGGAUCCAGACCAUCAUGAAGCACGUACACCCAACUACCACCCCAGACGUGACCAGUUCAUUGCCUGAAGAAAAGAGCAAGAACAGCUCAGCUUUUGAAACCUGCCCAAGGCCAAGUGAAAAGCAAGAGCCAGAGCCCGGGGAGCCAGAUCCAGAGCAGAAGAGAAGCCGUGCUCGGGAGCGAAGGCGGGAGGGCCGCUCUAAGACCUUUGACUGGGCUGAGUUCCGCCCCAUUCAGCAGGCCCUGGCUCAGGAGAGGGCCAGUAUCAUGGGAACCUCUGAUGCCCGUGACCCUGGAUACCCCGAGGUAGAAUCAGGUGAGCUAGAGCGAGAGCGUGCACGAAGGCGGGAAGAACGCCGUAAGCGCUUUGGGAUGCUGGAUGCAGUGGAUGGACCAAGUAUUGAGGAUGCAGCUCUGCGCAUGGAGGUGGACCGGAGCCCAGGACUGCCAGUUGCUGACCUUAAGACACAGAAUGUCCAUGUGGAGAUUGAGCAGCGGUGGCAUCAGGUGGAGACCACCCCUCUCCGAGAGGAAAAGCAGGUGCCCAUCGCCCCCUUGCACCUGUCCUCUGAGGAUAGAAAUGAUCGGCUCUCUGCACAUGAACUGACCUCUCUGCUGGAAAAGGAGCUGGAGCAGAGCCAAAAAGAAGCCUCAGACCUUCUGGAGCAGAACCGGCUCUUACAGGACCAGCUGAGGGUGGCACUGGGCCGUGAGCAGAGUGCCCGGGAGGGCUACGUGCUACAGACUGAAGUGGCCUCCUCCCCAUCGGGUGCCUGGCAGAGGCUCCAUAAAGUCAACCAAGACCUCCAAAGUGAGUUGGAAGCCCAGUGCCAGCGGCAGGAGCUGAUCACACAGCAGAUUCAGACCCUGAAACGUAGCUAUGGGGAGGCCAAGGAUGCAAUCCGGCACCAUGAGGCCGAGAUCCGGAGCCUUCAGGCAAGGCUCAGCAAUGCCGCUGCUGAGCUGGCCAUCAAGGAGCAGGCGCUGGCCAAGCUCAAGGGUGAGCUGAAGCUGGAGCAGAACAGGGUUCGUGAACAGCUGGAGGAGCGACAGCACAGUGAGGCUGCACUCAGUGGUCAGCUGAGGGCCAGUGAGCAGAAGCUUAAGAGUGCUGAGGCCCUCCUGCUGGAGAAGACACAGGAGCUUCGGGACUUGGAGACACAGCAGGCGCUGCAGCGAGACCGUCAGAAGGAGGUGCAGAGGCUCCAGGAGCGCAUUGCUGACCUCAGCCAGCAGCUGGGUGCCAGUGAGCAGGCCCAGCAGCUGAUGGAGGAGAAGCUGCAGAGGAACUAUGCACUGCUGCUGGAGAGCUGUGAGCAGGAGAAGCAGGCACUGCUGCAAAACCUGAAGGAAGUAGAGGACAAGGCUAUUGCCUAUGAGGACCAGCUGCAGGGACAUGCGCAGCAAGUGGAGACCCUCCAGAAGGAGAAACUGAGUGCCAAGUGUGAGGGUAGUGAGCAAGUGCACCACCUGGAAGAACAGCUGGAGGCCCGGGAGGCCAGUAUCCGCCAGCUUGCCGAGCAUGUGCAGAGCCUCCGUGAUGAGCGAGAUCUCAUCAGGCAGCGGUUCCAAGAACUAAUGGAGCGUGUGGCUGCUUCUGAUGGGGACGUGGCUGAGCUUCAGGAGAAGCUGAGGGGAAGAGAGGCUGACUACCAGAACCUAGAGCAUUCACAUCACAGGGUCUCUGACCAACUGCAGAGCAUGCGCACUCUUCUGAGAGAGAAGGAGGAAGAGCUGAAGCACAUCAAGGAAGUACAUGAGAGAGUUCUGGAAAAGAAAGAUCAAGACCUUAAUGAGGCUUUGGUUAAAAUGGUUGCAUUGGGGAGCAGCUUAGAGCAGACAGAAAUAAAGCUGCAGGUAAAAGAAGAGAUUUUAAGGAAAUUUGCAAAUGAGUCUGCAAAGGAUAUGGAAGAAUCACAGACUGCCCAAGAAGAAACCGAGGAGCAGGAUGUUUUACUCGUGAGCCAGCAGCUACCAGUUACGGGAGCAACUCCAGGCGUACCACACACACAGCUGGGUGUUGACAAUGUGGGAACUAGUCUAGUGGAAGAAUGUGGUGACAGCAGUCCCAGCAGAGAAGUCACAGUGCCCCCAAUGACCAUUGAAGUGAUUGACAAGGAGGCACAUCUGCAGAGCACAGCCAAGCCUGACCGGGGAGCACCUGGUUUUAAAAGGCAAAGAAUCCGAUUCUCUACUAUCCAGUGCCAAAGAUAUAUCCACCCUGAGGGGUCUGAGAAGACCUGGACCAGCAGCACAUCCUCGGACACCAGCCAGGACCGGUCACCCUCAGAGGAGAGCAUGUCUCCCAGCACCCUGCCUACAGCUGGAGACUCAGAGACAUACCUCUCCAUCAUCCAUUCUUUGGAGACCAAACUCUACGUCACAGAGGAGAAGCUCAAGGAUGUGACCCUGAGGUUGGAAAGCCAACAGGGUCAGAGCCGAGAGGCUUUGCUUGCAUUGCACCACCAGUGGGCUGGCACUGAGGCACAGCUACGAGAACAACUCCGCGCCAGCCUGCUGCAGGCUGGUGCCCUAGCCUCCCAGCUGGAACAGGAGAGACAGGAAAGGGCCACAAGCAUUGGGAACCAUGUUGGAGAGCUAGGAGGCUUUCAGGCGAAAAACAGCCAGGCUCUGAUGUGCUUAGAAAACUGCCGAGAACAACUAAGGUCUCUGCCAUGGGCUAAUCAGGAGGACAAACAGGACACAUGUGCAGCCUCUCUGGCCAGCGUGGAGAGUGCACUCAUGAGCGCUAUCCAGGCCCUGCAGGCCUGGCCAGCCCCUACAGACAGCACAGCCCCCGUCAGGCAGGUGGAGGAGCACUGCAUGGACAGCAAGGUGGCAGCCCUUGCACAACAGCCCUGCCAGCCUGGUCUGAGUGAGGAGGAGCAAGUGAAACUGCUUUCUAAUCAGAUAGCCCUGGAGGCCUCUCUGAUCAACCAAAUAGCAGACUCUCUUAAGAACACCACCUCAGAUGUGUCUCAUGUUCUCCAUGAGAUUGCUCAGUCAGGAGAACGGCUUCUGGAGGGAGAAGAUGCCAGUGUCUCUUCCACAGCUUCAGCAGAGGCCUGGGCCAGGAAAGUUCUGGUGGACAGUGAAUUUUGGAGCCAAGUUGAAUCCCUGAGCAAGCACCUGGAGACGCUGGGAAGAGAGGCAACCAGCACAUCAGAAAGCGAACAGCAACGUGUUCCCCAAAUCAUAGCUGACAACACAUGGGUCCGGGCAGAGCUCAGUUUUGCUACACAGUCAGUAAGGGAGUCACUACAGCGUAGGCUGCAGACCGUCCAAGAGACCCUGCAAGGAACUCAGGCAGCCCUCCAGCAGCACAAAUGCGCACUGGAGGAAAUCCUGGGGGCCUACCAAACCCCAGACUUCGAGAGAGUGAUACAGCAGGUUUCAGAAGCCCUCAGGGGUCCAGCAGGUGGUGAGGAUGGUGUGCACAUACCCUCGAACCUAAGUCCACUGAAAAAAGUGCUGAGUCCAGGCACAGCAGGUGGCUCCCGGGAGCCCUUGCAUAUCUCUCACCAGAGCCCCAGGGCUCUUGUUGCUAUUCAAGAAGAGCUUGCCCAGCAGCUGAGAGAGAAGGCCAGCAUCCUAGAAGAGAUCUCUGCUGCCUUGCCUGCUCUGCCACCUGCAGAGUCAUUGAGGGAUUGCCAGAAGCUUUUGCAGAAGUCCCAGAAUCUCUCAUAUAAUGCUUGUUUGGGAGGCCUUGGUCAGUAUUCUUCAUUAUUGGUUCAAGAUGCAAUUAUUCAGGCUCAGGUGUGCUAUGCAGCCUGUAGAAUUCGACUGGAGUAUGAAAAGGAGCUCCAAUUUUAUAAGGAGUCUUGGCAGGCAAAGGGGACUUCUUGCCAGGAGCAGGCUAGAGCAAUUGGAGUGCUGCAGGAAGAGUACGAAGAACUGCUCCACAAGCAGAAGAGUGAAUAUCUGGAGGUGAUUUCCCUCAUUGAAAGGGAAAAUGCCGAACUCAAGGCAAAAAUGAACCAGUUGGACCAUCAGCAGAGGCGUCUGGAAGAAGUGGAAAGCAAACACAGUGAGAGCAUGUUUGCUUUACAGGGCAGGUACGAGGAAGAGAUCAGAUGCGUGGUGGAGCAGCUGAACCGCACUGAGAACACACUGCAGGCUGAGCGCAGCCGAGUCUUGAGCCAGCUGGAUGCCUCAGUCAGAGACAAGCAGGACAUGGAACGGCAGCACGUGCAGCAGAUGCAGACACUGGAGGACAGGUUCCAGCUUAAGAUCAAAGAGCUGCAGCUCAUCCAUGAGGAAGAGCUGAGAGCCCUGCAGGAGCACUACUCACAGAGCCUUCAGCACCUGCAGGAGACCCUUAGCCUAUGUCGGCAGCAGCAGCCUGAGGCCUUGCCCGUCACCUCCCUCCAGUGGGGAUCUGAGUCCAGGGCUGUACCACAUCAGGCUGUCCCACAGACUGCCUUUGGAGAGGCUGACUCCAUGAUAGGGCUUCGGGAGCGCAUCCAGGAACUGGAAGCCCAGAUGGACAGCAUGCGGGAAGAGCUAGGCCAUAAGGAGCUGGAGGGUGACUCGGCCACACUGCGGGAGAAGUACCAACGGGACUUUGAGAACCUCAAGGCCACAUGUGAGCGGGGCUUUGCUGCAAUGGAAGAAACACACCAGAAGAAGAUUGAAGACCUGCAGAGGCAGCACCAGCGGGAGCUGGAGAAACUGCGGGAAGAAAAGGACCGUCUCCUGGCUGAGGAGACUGCUGCCACCAUCUCAGCCAUCGAAGCCAUGAAGAAUGCCCACCGAGAGGAAAUGGAGCGUGAGCUGGAGAAGAGCCAGCGGUCCCAAAUCAGCAGCAUCAACUCAGAUAUUGAAGCCCUGAGGCGGCAAUACCUGGAAGAGCUGCAGUCGGUGCAGCGGGAACUGGAGGUCCUCUCAGAGCAGUACUCGCAGAAGUGCCUGGAGAAUGCUCACCUGGCCCAGGCACUGGAGGCUGAGCGGCAGGCCCUGCGGCAGUGCCAGCGCGAGAACCAGGAGCUCAACGCCCACAACCAGGAACUGAACAACCGGCUAGCUGCAGAGAUCACACGGUUACGGACACUACUGACUGGGGAUGGUGAUGGAGAGGCUGCCAGCUCACCCCUCACACAGGGAAAGGAUGCCUACGAGCUAGAGGUCUUAUUGCGGGUCAAGGAAUCAGAAAUACAGUAUCUCAAACAGGAGAUCAGCUCUCUCAAGGAUGAGCUCCAGACAGCACUACGGGACAAAAAAUAUGCUAGUGACAAAUACAAAGACAUUUACACAGAGCUCAGCAUUGCAAAGGCCAAGGCAGACUGUGAUAUCAGCAGGUUGAAAGAGCAAUUGAAAGCAGCUACAGAAGCACUGGGGGAAAAGUCCCCUGAGAGUACUGCUGUGGCAGGAUAUGACAUAAUGAAGUCUAAAAGCAACCCUGACUUUCUGAAGAAAGACAGAUCCUGUGUCACCCGGCAACUCAGAAAUAUUAGGUCCAAGUCCGUUAUUGAGCAGGUCUCAUGGGAUAACUGACUCGCGCCCGCUUCCCGGUCCCCUGUCGUAUAGAGUCUGAAGGAAGGCCUGACAGUGCAGGAACGGCUGAAGCUCUUUGAAUCCAGGGACUUGAAGAAAGACUAGGUGUAUCCUGUGCCACUCAACACACCUUUCUUGGCUGGUGACAGUACAACCUGAGCGCGGCUUUUUGUCUGUAUCUUUAUUUUUAUCAUUGUUGUUAUUAUCAUUAACUGUGGGAAUGGAUACAUGAGAGACUGGUGUGGGGUUGUCCACACCAUUCUAACUUCCUGUUGUGUUUAUCACCACUUUCUUUCCAUGGUAUUCUGAGAUUGGUCAAGCUCCAGCAGUGGGGUAGUAUAGCAGCCACCCACGUCUUGAGUAGAGCCUUUCUCGAUGUCCACCGCACUCACUGUCAGUAUUAAGGCUCAGCAGCCUGUCAAUAAGCUAGCCCUGUCUCAGAGUGCAGUGUGGAGGUCCGGCCAUGCUCCAGCUCUGCUGCUCACAGCCAAGCACCUCGAGGUGGGCACAAUCCCUGUUGGUCAGAGAAAGCCACCUUGAUGUCCUGGUUUGGCCUGUACCAUGGUGCAGCUGAUUGGCCUGCCUGGUUGCUGGAGGAGGCAACAAUCCAGAUGGGUGUGCAGCCUGUGCACUCGCCUUUCGGCCUGGAAGGACAAUGGCAUUUUGUAUUUGCUCCACUAAUGCAGUUAGAACCACGCCCUAGAUAAUCCUGGCUAUCUUUCACGACCUGGAAAAUGUGGAAAGCAACCAUUCCUAUUUUGUUUGUUUUUUAUUAAAUCUUGCACAAAACCCCA